UAUCCUUGGGGAGUUUUCUCGAGUGGCAAUAUUCCUGGAAAGUUGCAACCUUUCAAGCGGCCAUGGAAGAAAACGAAAGAGCAGUCAUCGAAGAAGAAGAAGAAGAAGAAGAAGAAAUAUGGAGCUGGGGGGCAGGAACUGAAGCCCAGUUGGGCACUAGAAAGCUUCAAGACGAACACUUCCCCGUCGCCGUUAAUUCUCUCGCCGGCGGCGGCCGCAUCGCUCUCCUCUCCUGCGGCGGCGCCCACGUCAUCGCCCUCACCUCUGGUGGAAGAGUAGUGACAUGGGGAAGAGGAACUUGUGGUCAGCUGGGGCAUGGAGACAUGGUCAACAGCUUACAGCCUAAGCCCAUCAGGUCAUUGGAGAGCCUCCUCGUCACUCAUGUUUCUGCCGGCUGGAAUCAUUCCGGCUUUGUUACGGAUUCCGGAUGCCUUUUUACUUGUGGAGAUGGGUCAUUUGGUCAACUUGGGCAUGGUAAUCAGAACUCGCAUAGCUCCCCUGUCAUGGUUUCUUAUUUUGCUUCAAAGCAUGUUGAGCAGAUAGCAUGCGGUAUGCGCCAUUCAUUGGUCUUGUUGAAAGGCCAUUCUGGAAAGAGAGUUUAUGGAUUUGGAUCUGGUAAGCGUGGUCAACUAGGAACAUCUGAAGAUAAAAUUGGAUCAGUAUCUCUUCCUCAAACUACUGUUGGAUUGGAAGACAUCCAGAUUGUUAGUAUUCAUGCAAAUGGAGAUCAUAGUGCUGCACUGUCGGGCGAUGGGCGCCUGUACACCUGGGGGAGAAGGUUCGGUACUAGUUCUAAUUCUUACAGUCCCCAGCGUCUAAGAUCAUCUUCAUCUUUCAUCCAGGCAGCGCUUGGAUGGAACCAUGCUUUGCUAUUAACAGGUGAUGCAGAAGUCUAUAUGCUCGGGGGCAAGCACCACGGAUCGCUCAGUGAAUCACAAAAGAAUGAGACAGUUAAACAUUUGUCAGCAGAAGAUUCCAAAGAGCCCAUUCUCAGUAAAAUUUCGAGUCUCGACGGUUUGAAAGUUGUGCAAAUUGCAGCAGGAUCUGAGCACUCAGCUCUGGUGUCUGACAGCGGUUUGGUAAUGACAUGGGGCUGGGGUGAACAUGGUCAGCUUGGCUUGGGGAGUGCAGAUGAUCAAACUAGUCCUAAGGUUGUUGAACUAGCACACAAACUUCCUGGCACCAGAGUCUACUGUGGAAGCGGUUUCACUUUUGCCGCAAGGACGCUUCAUCCUACUACUCAAAAACAUUCCAAAUGACAUACAAAAGA